UUAUUUAUUUUCAUAGUGUGUAUAUUGCACAUUAUUUUACUUAAAGAACUUAUAUAAAUGUAUCAAUUAAAUAAAGUGAAUACUUAAAUAUAAAUGAUAUGGAAAACCAAUUACAUGGACCAAUUAAAAAUGAAUUCAAAAGACUUAAAGGUGUAUAUUAUUUGGACAAUGCCGGUUCAGCUUUAUAUACAGACAGUCAAAUAAAUAAAAUCACAGACGACUUAAUAGAUAAUUUAUAUGGGAAUCCUCAUUCAUCUGGACGACCUUCAAACAUAUGUGAUGAGCUAAUCGAAAACAUACGGCAUAAAAUUUUAAAACAUUUUAAUACUAAUUCAGAAAAAUACAGUAUUAUAUUUACCACAGGAGCUACUGGAGCUUUAAAACUAGUAGCUGAGUGUUUUAAAUGGAGUUGCACAUCUCAUAAGUUGAAAAAAAAUUCUCCUCAAUCUAAAUUGAAUAUAAGCACGUUUGGCUACACACUAGACAACCAUACGUCAGUUUUGGGUAUGAGAGAAUUGGCAACCGGUAUUAAAAUGUUGUGUCUAAGUCCAACUCAAGUUACUGAUGCUACAGAAGUUUAUUUAUCAACUUCGUCAAAAUCAAAUAACUCAUUAUUUGUCUAUCCAGCACAAUCAAACUUCUCUGGUGUAAAGUACCCAUUAAGCUGGAUUGAUAAAUGUAAAAAAGGUGUUCUAAAUAAAUAUACUGAAAACAUUGAACCCUCCAAAUGGUAUGUACUAUUGGACGCUGCUUCAUACGUGUCUACCGACCACUUAGACCUUGAUUUAUACUCACCGGACUUCGUCGCUAUAUCAUUUUACAAAAUAUUUGGUUACCCUACCGGUCUUGGUGCUCUCAUAGUUCACAAUCAUAGAGGAAAACCUGUACUUAGCCGCAAAAGAUAUUUUGGCGGUGGAACCGUAGAAAUAACAUUGUCUCAAAGUCGUUAUUUCGUGCCUAAGACAAAACUUCAUGAAUGGUUUGAAGAUGGAACAAUAAAUUUUCUGUCUAUAAUAGCAGUUGGUCACGGAUUGAAUACUCUGAAACGAUUAACGGGAUCUAUGGUAUCAAUCAGUCAAAAAGUGUUUGAAUUGGCCGCUUACUUAUACAAAAAAAUGUGUGAGGCGAAGCAUGGUAAUCAAAAGCCUAUGUUUCAACUUUAUACAGAUACUGAUUACACUUGCCAAAAAACCCAAGGUGGCAUUAUUAAUUUCAAUAUAAUCAGAGCAAAUGGCGACUUCGUCGGGUACAAUGAAGUUAAAAACAUUGCCGACAACAAUAAAAUAGUAUUGCGUGUAGGGUGUUUCUGCAAUCCAGGUGCUUGCCAAAUGCACUUGAAACUAACAAACCAGCAAAUAAAAAAGAAUCAUAAAAUAAAAGGCCACAUUUGUGGCGAUAAUUUUGAUCUUAUCGAUGGUAUUCCUACUGGUUCUGUUCGAGUUUCAUUCGGAUAUCAGUCUAGUAAACAGGAUGCUGAUAAAUUGUAUUCCGUACUGAUUUCAUCUUUUCGGCAAAAUAAUGUCAUUAAAUCGCCUAAUUUAGAAAUGAAAUUAAUAAUUAAAAUCAAUAUAAUGAGUUUAAAAGUAUCAAGGAUUUUUAUCUACCCUAUCAAAUCCUGUGGUGCUAUUGAAGUACAACAGUGGCCUUUAGAAGUAUAUGGUUUUCGCUAUGAUCGAAUGUGGGCUGUGGUUAACGAAGACGGUAGGUGCAUAACUCAAUUACAAGAACCUAAAUUAUGUUUGGUAAAACCUGAAAUCGAUUUAUUUAAAGAAAUAAUGACAUUGACCUAUGCAGGGAAUAAAGACAAAGUACCUAUGACAAUAGACUUAAGAUCGAAAAGGAGCGAUUCCAUGAGAAAGGGUAAUUUAUCUUGGGGUGGCUCUUUGGAGGGAGUUGAUUGUGGUGAUCAAGUCGCAGAAUGGCUCAGCUUUAAUUUGGACUUACCUGGACUAAGACUAGUCAAAUGCACUGGACGUAAUCCACCAAGAGCUAAUGAAUACGGGUUAUUGGAUAAAAAAGUUUUUGGGGCUAAUCAAAGUCAAUAUUUAUUAACAACCGAGUCGACUAUUAAAUGGUUAAUGCACAAAUUAGAAGAUGAUAUUACUGACGUUGACUUUGACAGCGUUUUACUCAGAUUCAGAAGCAAUAUUUUAGUGUCUGGUGAAAUUCCAGCUAACUCAGAGGUUAAUUGGACCGAAGUAGUUAUUGGAAAUAUCAAGUUCCUAAAAGACGAGCUGUGCGUGCGAUGUAAAAUGGUGAACAUAGAACAAUCAAGUGCAGAAGAAAAUCCUAAGACUUUGAGAAUACUGGCUCAAAAUAAACUAAAUGGAAAAAGUGUUUUUGGUAUUUACUUAAAAUGCUGUGAUUCACAAUCUGCUUUUAUAGAAGUUGAUCAACUUAUUGAAGUUAAAUAAGUAUUAAAUAAAAAAUUGUAUAGUUAAAGGUACAAAAUUAGAAGAUUUGUAUAGAUUAGCUUUAUAUAAAAAAUAAAUUAUAAAAAUAAAUAUAUUUAUACUAU